AUGGAGUAUCAGAAUGAGGGGAACCGACACCAGGGCACGGCUGGCACCGAUCUAUAUAUAUUGCCUGGCACAUCUGAUCCCUCGCGACUCAAUCCAGGCACCCGCAAGCCGCCAACAAGCGCAGCGUCGGACCACGAUCUACGUAAUGUGCAGGAAGCCACCGGCGGCGCGAAUCCUCAGACCGGAAAGGCCAGGCUCUGCCAGGACGAGGCACGGAAGAGAGCCCAUCAUCGACAAGGUAGCGGUCCUAGUCCUAGCCUCACUCAUCCCACAUGCCACGCCCGCAGCCCCAAGAACGCCUCCUCCCCGAUAUGCCGACGAGCCUAUCAACUCGACACGCCGCCCACAAGCUUUUGCGGCAGCGUGAAAGCUUCAGGGCCUCAGGAGGGUCCGCCAAGUACCUACGAAAACUACAUACCUACGCCUACGCACCCAUGA